AUGAUGUCUGCUAAAGAUAUGGUUAAAAUAAUGGUUGUCAUGUUCGCAGUUUGUUUUCUUGCAAAAUCUGAUGGGAAACCUGUUAAGAAGAGAUCUGUAAGUGAAAUACAACUUAUGCAUAACCUGGGCAACCAUUUGAACUCCAUGGAAAGGGUGGAAUGGCUGCGGAGGAAGCUGCAAGAUGUACACAAUUUUAUUGCUCUUGGAGCUGCUCUAACUAACAGAGGUGGUAGUUCCCAGAGGUUCCGAAAGAAGGAAGACAAUGUCCUGGUUGAGAGCUACCCAAAAAGUCUUGGAGAAGCAGACAAAGCAGAUGUGGAUGUAUUAAUUAAAGCUAAAUCUAGAUCUGAUUAGAGUUCUGCUGUAGCCAAUGUAGGGCAACAAUUUUCCUUGCUGCUAAUUUUUUCAAGCUCCAUUAAGAUUGUAAAGUGCCAAUAUUUCUAA